AUGCCCGAUGGGAAUGUAGAUCCCGAUGUUGCCGAUGAAACUUGCGAAGGUGGCUCUUAUGAGACCUUUUUCAUCGAGACCGGAAAUGGCAAAUACGUCCCUCGUUCGAUCUUCGUUGACCUUGACCCUUCGCCCAUUGACGAUAUACGCACUGGUACCUACCGCCAUCUGUUCCACCCAGAACAAUUGAUAAGCGGAAAAGAAGACGCGGCUAACAACUGCAUGACACCUCUGAUACCUGAAAUCCGUGUGUUUAGCGUGGCUACUGCCGUGGUAGAGCCCCACAAUGCAGUGUUGUCCACACACAGCACCAUCGAAAACUCCGAAUGUACUUUUCUCGUUGAUAACGAAGCUGUCUACGAUAUCUGUGCCCUCAAUGUCGACUUGAACGAGUUUCAGACCAACCUUGUGCCAUUUUCACGUAUUCACUAUCCUCUUAUUUCAUAUGCUCCUGUCAUGUCUAAUAACUACAACGGCCACGAAAGCUUCAAAGUCAAAGACGUAACCUUCCAGUGCUUUGAACCCAAGAACCAAAUGGUUGUAUGUGAUCCUCACAAUGGCAAGUAUAUGGCUGUGGCCCUUCUCUACCGCGGUGACGUCGUGCUUCACGAAUGCAAUCAAGCUGUCGCUGAUGUCAAAGCCAAGGCGUCCUUCAACUUGGUGGAGUGGUGUCCAACCGGUUUUAAGCUUGGUAUCAACUACCAGAAGCCCAUAAGCGUGCCCGGUAGCGAGCUUGCAUCUGUUGACCGCUCAGUCACUAUGCUCUCCAACUCCACCUCUAUCGCUGAGGCCUGGGGCCUGGGGCCGUCUUGA